UCGUGAAACGUCCGCUGGUCAGUAUCAGUACUGGUCAGAUGCGAGUAGUCGGUAGCGGUGAAUGAUCAUCAACGAAUACACUGCGUUCGGUUUUGAGCCGCAAGUGCCACGGUAAUACUACCAUCGAUCCGAUCCAGUCGAGAAACUAGUUGCGCGGUCGUCGUUCGGAAAAAUGUUUUGGUUAAGGAAAGCCCGACGAGCUUCACAAAAGUCGGAAUGCAACACGAAAACAACUUCUGCUAUCGGCGAUGCCUCGAAAAAUCAAACGCCGCCGACGCUUCUUUCGAGUUUGAGAAGCGUACUCUUUGUUAUCGGAACUGUAGUGAUUGGAUUUGCUGCCUUUUGCAAUUCUCUGACAUGGCAUUUACAAAGAUUCUGGGGUGCAUCCGGGGACUUCUGGCAAGCUCAAUGGGACAAAAUUUUGGAUAAAUUUGGAGAUGAUCCUGUGACAUUAUGGGUUUACGGAUCUUUAUCUUUGAUGAUCGUGGUUUACUGGGUGGUCGGAGGAAUUUACACCAUCCUAGAUAUCACCAAUCGACCAGCAGCACUGCGUAGAUACAAAAUACAGCCCGGUACGAACGAACCAGUGGACAAGAGGGAGUUAUGCAAAGUGAUUGCUCAAGUACUGUUCAAUCAGAUCGUCGUCGGCUUUCCUAUUAUGUAUCUCGGCUAUUAUUUCAUGGAAUGGCGCGGUUAUCCCCCGGUGCGCGAGCUGCCGACUUUCCACUGGGUACUCGCUGAGAUUGCGAUUCACAUAUUAUGUGAAGAGAUUGGCUUUUAUUAUUCACACAGAUUCCUCCACAAGCGCUCUUUGUAUAAAUAUAUACAUAAACAGCAUCACGAAUGGACUGCGCCCAUAGCCGUCACCGCUAUGUAUUGCCAUCCACUGGAGAAUAUUGGUUCGAAUCUACUUCCGCCUUUCUUGGGUGUAUUCAUCAUGGGCUCCCAUGUGGCUACCGCCUGGAUUUGGUUCUCGCUUGCGAUCCUUUCAACAUUGAACGCACACUCUGGUUAUCAUUUACCGUUCUUCCCCUCGCCGGAGGCGCAUGAUUUUCAUCACUUAAAGUUCAAUCAAUGCUACGGUGUACUAGGCGUUUUAGAUCGCAUUCACGGCACUGACACGCAAUUUCGUAAUUCUCGAAAUUACGUGCGUCACAUAAUGAUGCUUAGUCUCAUACCGCCUAGGGAAGCUUUCCCGGAUGAGGCAAAGUACAAGUCAAAGUAGAGAUAUUUUUGGCGACUCUGAAAGUUAUAGAUAAUUUUCAAAGAGAGGAAUUUUCCACAUGUUGAAUGUAAUAUUCGCAACAGAAACCGGGUUCGAAAACGACAGAUCAUGACUGUAAUCGAUCUUGUCCAGCUAAUGGUACAAUUAAAAAGUUUCUUUUCUGUAAAAUUAAUUCCAACAAAUAUAUGAUCUUGAACUAUACUUUAACCGAUAAUAUCGAGUUAUUUUUCUCCAAUGAAUGAAAUUUAUAAUACUUGAAUUCAUAUUUAUAUUCGUAUUAUCAUAUAUUCUCAUAUAUUUUAUUAAAAGUAAAAAGGUGCCAUAUAUUUUAAUAUUAAAUCUGAAUAUACUAUUUUUCUCUUCAAUUUCUUUUUAUUAUUCCAAUUUAUUCAUUUUUAUGCUAAAAUUUCGGAUCUUUUUAGAUUUAGGAUUUAUUCAAUGUAUAAUGUUUCUUUCUGGACCGUGUCGUGCGAGGAACUCGACUAUCCGCUGAUAUGUACAGCGAUAAUGGUUGUAUAUAUAAAUGUCAAGGUUGGACUGAAUAGAGAAAGUAGCGAAAAGGUUCGUGAAAAUGUAAAACAUAAGAAAUCGAUAUUUAUAUCUAAAAUAUCGACAGAAAAAAAUUGAAACGUGAAAGCGCUUCUAAUUUACGUUGGGAGCAACAAAGUAAAAUUUCCAUUAUCUGAAUACUUAUUUAAAUUUUAAUAGACUUUUUUUUUUAGUAAAUCCUUUUGUUUUCGAAUUUAUUUAUGUACAUAAAAUUUAUAUUAUAAUUUUAAUAAUUAUAUUUUUAAAAUUAUAUACACAUAUGACAAAUACGAGGAUCUCCAAUAAUUACUAAAAUUUUUCUUUCAGUUCAACCUGGGCGCCAUAUUCGUACAUCUUUUCUAUAAUAUUUUUAAUGUUAAUAUUAAAAAAAAUAAAAGAUGUGUAUUUAAGCUGUACAUUCAUGCACAAGUAUAUAUAUUCUUAUAUUAUCUAAUAGCAUGAUAUUUUAGUGAAUAAUAUAAUGAAUUGAUAAAUUAGAUGCGCAUAUGUACACUUUUAAAACACAUCUUCAAUCCUAAUCGGAAACAGACAUCAAUUUCUUCACUUUUUUAGAUAAAAAAAAAAGUUAAGUAAAUAUGAAAAUAAAAUAUGUGCAUUAUUGUUUUAUAUAAAAGUAUUGCUUUCAAAUUCCCAUUGCAAUUAAUAUUUGAAAUUGAGAUAUUAUAUUUGUAGUACUUUCAAGCAUAUAGCAUUGUAGUGAAAACCUCAAAAUGAAUAAUAUUUCGGACAUAAUAGCUAUUUUUAUAUUUAGUUCCAUAAUACAACUAUAAGCCGGUCUUGAAUUUAGUCUUUAAGACGAGAUCUAAGCAACUGUACUUCUCUAGAAUAAGUAAAAUUGUACUGUAUGGUUGAAACAAAAUUUUUAGCGUUUUAAAUUCCAUGGAGUACAAUUGAAAUAUGCUCUAAUAAUUAUAUAUAUACAACACUGAUAAUUUUUUAUCUAAUAAUGAAUGUUUGUUAUAAAAUAUUUACAUAAUAUUCUGUAUUUUUUCUGCGAAAAAAAACUUAUUUAUUAGAAUUGAAUAAAAACCGGAAAUAUACUUGUCUUAUUUUACUAAUUUUAUUGGACAAUUUUCUUAUUUCACAAUGUUUCACAUAUCGCAGUAUUUUUACUAAGAUCUUAAAACUUCAAAUAAGUACAGAAGAAAAUGGAAAAUAAUUUGAAAUUACAUUAAAUUAACAGAGAUUAGAAAGAAACAAAUUGGAGAUUAAUGUCUAAAUGUGCAAAUAUAUAAAAUACACAUAUGUAAAGUUCUCUUUCUGCAUUGUGAUUCUCAUCGAGUAUACAUAUGUAAGACUCAUAAUUAAUAUGUAUAAUAAUAUUAUCGAAUUUAUGUAUCAUGACAAGCUUAUUAAUAAAAUCUUUACAAAUAUCA